CCUAAUCCAGGGGAGUAAGAAGGCUUAGACGUGGGGCCAGGGCGGGAGAGAGCAGAGGAAAGACUGUCUUCAGGUGUGGGGCCUACGUGUGAGGGAGUCACCCUGACUAUGCCAUCUCUCCCUUCACAUACUCCUCACAGGCCUGAUCUGAUGGAGGUCAAGAGGUGCCUACUGAUGUGAGGUGGGGAGCCCUGAAGGCUUGGCCACGGCUGUGGAUGUCACCGCUGCCUUUCUGGGACAAGAUUCCCUCUUCCUUUUGUCAGCAAACAAUUGACUCUCCCUCAGACCUGCUGUCUGUGUCCUGCAGAAACCUUGUACAUACACUAUGGGAAGUGGUACCUCAACCCAACAUCAUUUUGCUUUCCAGAAUGCAGAGAAAGCCUUCAAGGCGGCAGCCCUGAUCCAGAGAUGGUACCGACGCUACAUGGCGCGCCUGGAGAUGAGGCGGCACUGCACCUGGCGCAUCUUCCAGUCUAUAGAGUACGCGGGACAGCAAGACCAGGUCAAGCUCCAUGAUUUCUUCAGCUACCUUGUGGAUCACUUCACCUCCAGCAGCAACCAUGAGAGGGACUUCCUGGACCGCAUGUUCACCGAGGACAGAUUCCCCCAGGACUCUGAGAUGGAGAAAUUCGGUGACUAUGAAUCUAUAGAAGUCCCUGACAAUUACACGGGACCACGCCUGUCCUUCCCACUCCUUCCUGACCACGCAACUGCCCUGGUGGAAGCUUUCAGACUGAAACAGCAGCUCCAUGCUCGCUAUGUCUUGAAUCUUUUGCAUGAAACCAGGAAACACCUGAUACAACUGCCAAACAUCAACCGGGUCUCCACCUGUUACAGCGAGGAGAUCACAGUGUGCGGAGAUUUACAUGGCCAGUUGGAUGACUUAAUAUUUAUAUUUCAUAAGAAUGGCCUCCCGUCACCAGAGAGGGCCUACGUCUUCAAUGGUGACUUCGUUGAUCGAGGCAAGGAUUCAGUAGAGAUCCUGAUGGUUCUUUUUGCCUUCAUGUUGGUUUACCCAAAAGAGUUCCAUCUUAAUCGAGGAAACCAUGAGGACCAUUUGGUGAACUUACGAUACGGCUUUACCAAGGAAGUGAUGCAUAAAUAUAAGACACAUGGCAAGAAAAUACUAAAAAUACUGAAAGAUGUUUUCUGUUGGCUUCCUCUGGCCACUCUGGUUGAUGAGAAGGUCCUGAUUCUUCAUGGCGGAGUGUCAGACAUGACCGACCUGGAAAUCUUGGCUAAACUAGACAGGCACAAGAUUGUUUCCACCAUGAGGCACAAAACGAGAAAGGAGAACGGGAAACAGGUGAAGAAGGAGGAAGCCAACCAGAAGAGCUCCGCAGGGAGACCCACCCCGUGGUUUCUCCCCCAGAGCCGCUCUCUCCCCGCUUCGCCCCUUCGCCUGGGCUCCCUCCAGGCUCACAGAGCCGGCCGCUCGUCCAGCAUUCCCUGCGGCGCCCCCCGGGACGCGAAGGAGCUAGCCCGGCAGGUGCGGCGCUCCGUGGACCUGGAGCUGGACAGGUGCCGGCAGCAAGCAGGCUUUCCUGUGAGCCGGGGGGAGGAGGAGGCCUCGCCGUGCACACCAGAAGCGGAUUCAGGAGCAGAGGAGCCGCUGGAGCCCACGCAGGAGGAGUGGAGGCAGGUGGUAGAUAUACUGUGGAGUGAUCCCAUGGCUCAGGAGGGCUGUAAGGCCAACACUGUUCGAGGAGGAGGCUGUUAUUUUGGACCCAAUGUGACAGAACGGUUGCUACAGAAAUACAACCUGCAAUUCCUGAUCCGCUCACACGAGUGCAAACCUGAAGGCUAUGAGUUCUGCCACAGCCGCAAGGUGUUAACCAUCUUUUCUGCCUCCAACUACUAUGAAGUUGGCAGUAACAGAGGGGCCUAUGUCAAACUGGGGCCAGCCCUGACCCCAUACAUCGUGCAGUAUCAAGCUAACAAGGUGACCCACAUGCUGACCAUGAGGCAAAGGAUUAGCAGAGUAGAGGAGUCAGCUCUGAGGGCUUUGCGGGAAAAGUUAUUUGCUCAUUCCUCAGAUCUUCUUGGUGAAUUUAAGAAGCAUGAUGCAGAUAAAACUGGUUUAAUCACCCUUAGUGACUGGGCAGAAGCCGUGGAGUCUGUGUUGCAUCUAGGACUGCCAUGGCGGAUGCUGAGGCCACAGCUGGUGAACAGCUCAACGGAUAACACUUUGGAGUACAAGUCCUGGCUGGAGGAUUUGGCCAAACAACAACUGAACCGUGAGAACAUACAGUCAAGUUUGCUGGAAACACUGUAUCGAAACCGAUCCAACCUGGAGACCAUUUUUAGGAUCAUAGACAGUGAUCAUUCAGGGUUCAUCUCACUGGACGAAUUCAGGCAUACUUGGAAGCUGUUCAGCUCUCAUAUGAACAUCAACAUCACAGAUGACUGCAUCUGUGACCUUGCACGGAGCAUUGACUUCAACAAGGAUGGCCACAUCGACAUCAAUGAAUUCCUGGAGGCCUUCCGCCUUGUGGAGCAAUCCUGCUCAGAAGGCAAUGCCUCAGAUUGCCCACAAACCACAAACACUAAUGACAAUGGCUGCAGCAAACCAGGCACACACUAAGAGCAGCCUGGUGUUCAUCGCCCACGGUGCCUCAUAACCAAUACUGCACUUGUCGCUGGAACAGCUCCUUUAUUCUCCAUAGAUAUGUGGAAUUUUAUGCUGAGAAUUUGCCUACCAGUGUGCAUCAGAAUCACCUAUUUGGGUGUGUGUGGGGUGUGUGUGUGUGUGUUUAAAUAUAUAGGUAACCCAUCCUUGUCUCAGAAGUUUCACAAGGUAAGACCCAAGUAUAAAUAUUUUUAAAUUCUGAAGUCUACCCCAGUUAAGAACCACUGAUAAUUCAACCCCCUGAUUGUUUUCAUUUUAUACCUUUAACUUAUUGUUUUU